AUGGAGUCGGUUGACGUCGGGCACGAGCCACUACCUCCAACUGUCGGAAGAAACGUGCUGGGAAGGAAAGUCCUGUACCUGCCCGGCUUCUUCACCUACGGUGAGCGAACGUUCCUCCCUGCCAGCGCAAGAUGGAGCCCUAGAGGGACAGAAAUACCGAGAAAAGGGAAGGAGCGCCGGGACAGGGGCAGGGACCUGCUCACGGGGUUCCUCUUGCAGGUCGGGCACGAGCCACUACCUCCAACUGUCGGAAGAAACGUGCUGGGAAGGAAAGUCCUGUACCUGCCCGGCUUCUUCACCUACGCCAGACACAUUGUGGAAGUGGAUGGGAAAAGAGGCCUCUUCCGCGGUCUUACUCCUCGCCUCAUCUCAAGCACUUUAUCAACCAUCACCAGGGGGAGCGUGAAGAAGGUGUUAAUGGAGAGGGAAAUCAGCAGGGAGGCGGACGGUGUGUUCAGCGCCAUCGGCAGGAUAUUUAAGGAAGAAGGGAUCCUGGGAUUCUUUGUCGGUUUAGUCCCUCACAUCCUGGGGGAUGUCAUCUUCCUCUGGUGCUGCAACCUCUUGGCUCACUUCAUCAACACCUAUGCGGUGGACGAUAACUUCAGCCAGGCAUCGGUGAUCCGGAGCUACACAAAAUUCGUGAUGGGGAUUGCUGUGAGCAUGCUGACGUACCCUUUCCUUCUCGUGGGAGAUCUCAUGGCAGUGAACAACUGUGGGUUGCGCGCCGGCCUCCCUCCCUACGCUCCCGCAUUUACAUCCUGGAUCCACUGCUGGAGGUAUCUCAGUGCUCAGGGGCAGCUGUUCCGCGGCUCCAGCCUGCUCUUCCGCAGAGCGCCCAUGCCAGCCGCCUGCUUCCCCAUCGACUGACUCCUCGGCAGGGAGAGGUGAUGAACUUGGACUCCUCAAGAAACCCUAAGCUUGUUUCGAUAUAUGUAUAUUUUUUCUUUUCGAUCCAAAGCCUGUGGUGCCAGAACGAGACGGCUCCCCUCCAGCGAGGCCAGCAACAAGUUGGCUUCUGGAGAUCUGGCUUCAGGCUCCAGCUGGACCAAAGCCCCAUCCUCGUGGAUGUCUCGACCAGGACACGUAGCAGAGAGAGCAGAAGGGAGUUGUCUUGUCUCUUUGGUCCAGGCUGUAGCUCUGGAGUCGCUGGGGAAGUCUGGGAAACCAGAAAAAGCCCAGGUACUAAACGAGCCAGCCCCAAGAUGCAGGGACAAAAGACUGCUUCGUUCUGCCUGAGCUGAGAAGCGGCGAGAGAUCCAAGGUUGCCUUGCUGGGAAGGCUACGCCAGCUGACCAGCCUCCUGUCUCACCUCUUCUGGAGAGGGCAAACGUUUGUGUGGCAGGUAGCUGGGCGAGAUCAACCCCGUGACCCAUACAUAUUUAAGGUUUUGAGGGUACCUGAACACUAGGGAGCAU